AGCAGAUCUCAGAGGGAGUUAAAUUGCUCAACACGUGCUGACCACGUGGUAUAUAUACGAUCGGCAGACCUCAAAAAGAACAUCGCCUACGCCUUCCAUUUUUCUAUCGCUAAACCACACUUUCGGUACAAUGGGGCUUCUACACGGGUUGAUCAGCCUGCUGGUUGGGAUCUGCGUCGGUGUGGAAUGCAUGCACCCAGCACCUGCGAGGAAGAGCGUAGGUGGGGCGCCGAGAGUGACACUCCCUCAAGCGACUGUCGAAGGCUUCCUCGAUCUCCACAAUAACACGGUAUUCCUGGGUAUUCCAUUUGCUGCUACGACUGGAGGAGACAACCGAUGGAAGGCGCCUCAGAACGUCCCUGAGACUGAGAAGCCUACUGUCUUCAAUGCAACGCAGUAUGGCGCAACAUGCCCGCAAGCAAUUUCAGGCACGUUGUACUCGCAGCAGGGCGAAGACUGUUUGAACCUCAAUGUGUGGGCUCCCGCUACAGGCUCAAACUUGCCAGUAUUCGUGUACAUGUAUGGAGGCGCGAUGGUUACCGGCUCAAGCAGCAACCCUCAAUUCCAGGGAAAUAACUUCGCUCGCAAGGGUGUCGUGUAUGUCAGCUUCAACACUCGUGAGAGCAUCUUUGCGUACCCAAACUCAGUCGAACUGGAAAGUGCGACCGAGUCUCAGAACUUUGGAAUCCUCGAUGUCGAAAAGGCCUUAGACUGGGUUCGCAAGAAUAUUGCUGCCUUUGGUGGUAACCCGGAUCAUAUCGUAUUCGGUGGCCACUCGUCCGGUUCUGUUCAAGUUGACCACUACCUCUGGAACCAUCCUGAUACUUGGCUUGUGGGUGCCGUUCAGAUGGCAGCCAACGCAAAGUCGGGACCCGCCGUAGCUCCGAUAAACCAGGCCCUCGAUGUCGUCGCCUCUGAAGUUGGUUGCCCUAAUGGCAAGGGUCAGUUGGCAUGUCUCCGCAAAGUUGACCUGUACGAUUUCCAGACCGAGAAGUUCAACGCCACUUACAACACAUGGUUUACGCCGGCUGUUGACAACAUCACCCGUUACCAGGAUUAUGAGAGCCGCCUUGCCGUUGGAAAAUAUGCCUCGCAUGUUCCUCUGUUGACUGGUAAUUCGGACGGCGAGGGCGCAAUCUUCGCUCUUGUGUACGGUGGAGAAAACACAGACUUCAGUGCAUGGCUUGACACAUUUGACGCCGAUGUUGCCGAGAUUCCUAAAAAUAUUCUCCUGGCUGCGUACAACGCCUCGGACUACGAUACAGUGUCUCAGAUGAGUGGCGCGCAAUACGGUGACGCCCGUUUCUUCUGUCCGGUUGACUACCUCCGCGAUCUGAGGAGCACCACCCAGGACACGUGGACCUACCGCUUCUUUGGAGACUAUGCUAAUGUUUGGGGCCUUCCCGUGUCCGCGCCCACCCACGGUACUGAGAUACCAUUCUUCCUUGGCGGUAACGAGUGCUUCGAUGCCAUCAGCAACGUUACAGAAAGUGAGCAGGCGCUUGCUGACUACCAGAAUGACUGGUUUGUGUCCUGGAUUAAGAAUCCCUCUGCUGGGCCUGGAUGGGACAAGGUCACACCUAAAUCGGGCAAGCUGGCAAAGCUGGGCGUGCCCGGCAAUGAGCUCGCAAUCGAGCUUGCAAAUACUGACGACUACAACGGAAGAUGUCAAUCUGUGUAUAACCCGUACCUGCCGAAGUAUCCUGUGGUCCAGGAUGUGACGGGAGCGGAAGGCAUGAUCGGCAGUUGAUAGUGGAUUAAAUUUACAGUAGUGAGACGAAAUAUGUGACUAAUAGCUUGCGUCUAACCUCCAAGGCUCUCUGCUUGAAACACUCUUUGUCUCGCCGCAACUAUACAGUGAGCAGUACACUUGCUAUUGCCCAUCUGCUUGGAGAUCUCCGGGGCAGCACAUUCAACGAUGACGAGUACUGAUCUGAUACUAGCUGGGAGCAUGUAAAGCCUGAUGAAUCGCCUGUAAUAAAUUUAUUCACCAG